AUGAAAAACUCGACUCUGUUUAACAAGCAAUUUUGUGUUUCUCUAUGUUUUCUUGUGUUGUUUUUCUCUGUUGCUGUAGCGCAAGAGCUUCUUUUUAAUGGAGAUGUUUCCAAGAAAUGUAAGGAGGGAACAGGAUCCAGUUACCUUUGUUUUUGGGGUAGCGAUAAAAUUGUUGCGGAUAACAAUUUUGCUCCAUCCCUUUUGCGACAAUCAACCUUGAAUUCACGAGUAUAUACUGAGCCUGCAUAUGUAUACACACCUCCACAACCUUCAUCCUUUAUCUAUGAGACUCCUUCAAGUCCACAAAGAAAACCUCCUAAAGUACCUAAAUAUCCUUAUCCAUCAUAUAGGCCCUUUCAGAAAGUGUCUUAUGCAAAUUAUCCUCAACCAAAGGUCUAUAGGAGAUCACUAUUAAAAAUUCUACCAAGUUCAGCUUAUGACCAACCUCCUCCAGCAUCUCCACCACCUCUUCAAACACCUCCUACUUACCAGCCACCACCCCCUCCAGUCUACAAACCUCCACCAAGCCCACCACCCGCUCCUGUCUACAAACCUCCAACAAGUCCAUCGCUUCCUCCACCGCCCCCACCAACCCCACCACCCCCUCCUGCCUACAAACCUCCACCAAGUCCAUCGCUUCCUCCACCACCUCCACCACCACCACCUGCCUAUAAACCUCCACCACCACCACCACCACCACCUGCCUACAAACCUCCACCAAGUCCAUCGCCUCCUCCACCACCCCCACCAUCCCCUCCUGCCUACAAACCUCCACCAAUGCCUCCUCCACCAAGCCCACCGCCCGCUCCAGCCUACAAACCUCCAUCAAGCCCACCGCCUCCUCCACCAAGCCCACCGCCAUCUCCACCAAGUCCACCACCUACUCCCGUCUAUAAACCUCCAUCAAUCCCACCACCUCCUCCACCAAGCCCACCACCUACUCCCAUCUACAAACCUCCACCAAGUCCACCCCAAAGCUCACCAGGGUAUGGAAAUCCUCCACCUUCUGGUUACUAUUAA